AUGAUCCAUGGGAAGGCGGUAAACGCAUUGCUGGAGAUAUUGGAGCUAGAAGAUGAUACCCUGGAGGCAGAACGGAUACGGAAGGAAUGGUUAACACAACUGAUCGAAAUGGCAAUAAGGACUACAUUUUUACAUUUGACGGCAGUAUCUACGUGCAAAUAUUUGGACUACCGAUGGGAUCUGCACUUUCAACUCUUUGCAAAUGUGUACAUAGAUAAGUUGGAAGAGGAAUUCGAGAAGUCACUACUUCAAGCAAAAGUGCUUAUGCGAUACUUGGAUGACUAUGCACUUUGGUUACAUUGCAAGGAAAAUUUGAAUGGGUUCCUCAAUUUCAUUAACCAACUUGACGAAAGAAUUAAAUUCACUAUGGAGGUGGAGGAAAAUGAACGAACACCCUUUCUGGAUACUGAAGUCAUGCGCUCCAACGGGACACUCAUGAGGGGACUAUACAGAAAGAAUUCAUACUUUUCAGUCUCACUAUAA